GGAACGUACGCGAACGUAAGACGUAGAUUACGCCUGUUUCCGUUGACGUGUUUCUGUCGGUUCUGCAUUUCGUUUUGUGACUGAAACGAAAGGAAACAAGAGGAAGUUUCCUUCCUUUAAAUUUAUCGUUUAUUCUCAGUUAUUAUUUAUUUUUUUAUUCUCACGGAUCGAGUUUGGGUCAGAAAAUGGAGACUCUUUACCACCAAACUAACAAACAAAUCCAGGAGAUCCAGUCCAAUAUGGGGCGACUGGAGACAACCGAGCGACAGUCUGUUCACCUGGUUGAAAAUGAACUGCAGGCCAGAAUUGAGCACGUCUUCACUCAUCUGGAACGUCUCGAGAUCUUGGCUGGGAAAGAACCACCGAACCGCCGUCAGAACGCCAAACUGCGCGUGGAGCAGCUGAAGUACGACAUGCAGCAUUUACAGUCAGCCCUGAGAAACUUUCAACAGAGACGAUACACACGUGAGGCUCAGGAGAGGGAAAGGGACGAGCUGAUGAGUCGCACGUUCACCACCAACGACAUGGACACGUCCAUCCCCAUAGACGACACUCUUCAGUUUAAUUCUAACCUGCAGAGUGCACACAGGGGCAUGGACGACCUUCUCGGCUCCGGAGCGAGCAUUCUCAACGGCCUCCGCGACCAGAGAAGCACGCUGAAGGGUACCCAUAAGAAGAUGCUCGACGUGGCCAACAUGUUGGGGUUGUCCAACACGGUGAUGCGUCUGAUCGAGAAACGAGCCACUCAGGAUAAAUUCAUCAUGGUAGGAGGAAUGCUAAUCACCUGCGUCGUCAUGUUCCUGGUUUUUAAAUACCUGAGCUGAAUUUUUCUUGCCUCAAAUGGACUAAUAACUGGAAAGAAAAAAGCCUGAAUGUAGAAUGGAUCUUCGGAUCCUUUGGUCUCAGAACAGACUAAUUUUUUUUUUCCAUGGGAUUAAAUCCACAAGAUGAUCUUUGAGAUUCUGGUCUCUAUGAAGGUUUUCUACUACAUCCAGAUCUGGUGACUAGGAAGACCACAGAACUUAUUAUGAUUGAGAUAUCUUGGGUGCAUUAUUUUCCUGGAAUUAAAGGCCAUCGAAGGACCAGGACAUUGGUGGCCAUGAAGGAAUGCAGCAAUACUCAUUCCACACCAUUAUACCAUCACUGGCCUGGAUGGUUGGCACCAGAAUUCUGAAUGUGCCUCAGCAGAAAAUUGAGAUUGAUCAGAUCAACACUCUUCAACUGUCCAGUUUUGGUGAACUCGUGCCAAUGGGAGCCUCCUAGCAUUUUGUUUUUUUUGUCUUCUGCUGCACAAUCAUUCCGAUUUUUUUCCUCUAUACUGAUAGAACAUCAUAAUCUCUCAACGAUCUAAUAAAUAACUGCAUGAACGA